UCCUUCGCGGGAGUUCGUUUUAAUGCAGCUACCUCCGUCCUGUCCGAGCAGACAAGGAGGAAACAGAUGAGCUGUCCGCUCUACUGGGGUUGAUAUCUCCCUGCUGAAGUCCUCUGGAUGACAGCAUAUUAAAAAAAACACCCGAAACAGCAAGUUUUAGAGACCCAGACCCAGGAUGUGCUGGAGACAUUACAUCUUAUGGCGGGGCUGAGCACCCUGAUACCACACCUUCACUUUGGAAGAGAUGCAGUGAUGCUUUUAACCUCCACACAGUGACUCCACAUCACCAACACCAGCCUCACUUCCAGCUCCAAUGGUCUUCCACCUCUGACUCUUUCCUAAAAUUGACCAGUAGGUGGGGCCAGCCCUGCCCAGGUGGGGUGGCCAGCGAUGGAAGGCCGACGCGGCGGAGGCAGCAGCAGCGGUAGCUACUCGCAGAUCCCUGUCAGAACAGGCAUGGGGUCUGUCAACUCCCCGGCCGUUUCCGUGAGAUUGGAGGCGUACGACAUUGGAGAGAAGAAAUGCAUCUCGGAUGUGAGGAGGACCUUCUGCCUCUUUGUCACCUUUGACCUCUUGUUCAUCACAAUGCUCUGGAUCAUAGAACUCAAUGUGAACGGCGGCAUUCAGAAUCAGCUGGAACAAGAAGUCCUGCACUACGACUACCACGCCUCCUUCUUCGACAUCUUUCUGCUGGCAGUUUUCAGGUUUGCGGUCCUCAUCCUGGCCUACGCCGUCUGCAAGCUUCGUCACUGGUGGGCCAUUGCGAUCACCACUUUAGUCAGCUGUGCUUUCCUGAUUGUUAAAGUCAUUUUAUCGAAGCUGCUGAGUCAGGGGGCCUUUGGGUACCUGCUGCCCAUCAUCUCCUUCGUUCUGGCCUGGAUAGAAACGUGGCUGCUUGACUUCAAGGUCCUGCCUCAGGAGAUCGAAGACGAAAACAGACAUCAGUCCAUCAUAGAUACAAGUAGGGCUCCUCUCCUGGGUCCAGGUCCUUUAUCUGAUGGGCAGUUCUACUCUCCGCCAGAGUCUUUGGCAGACUCUGACGAGGAGCUGGAUGAUAAACACGAACCUGAAAAAGGGCUCAUUACACAAGUGACUUAACAGGAUCUCCGAUCCUGAACAUGGAGGGAUUUUUCGGUCCUCCUGCGUUGUGCUACUGAGGGGAAAACUUCUGCCUUACACCUUCAGCCAUUUUAGUUUGUAUUUGUUCCAAAGGAGUUCAUAUCUACAAAUGCAGCUCACGUUCUGAUAUCAGCCUUCUGCACGUACACCGGGACCAGGAAAGUGCCACUUAAAAAUUUCAGUGUCAUGAACUCUGGUUACUGUAUGAGUUUUGUUUCUCCACCUUUAAGGAACUCGAGACCUUACGAGAGAAUUAUCAGAAAUAAAUCAUUACGUCCUUAUCAGUAUCCAUCCAUAAUUCAAAGCAUUACAUUCAUUUUAAAACUUUUUAAAAAAAAUUAUACACUUUAAAUUAAAAAAAACAGCAUAAUGUUUACUCAUAAUUCUGUGAUCAUUUUCUUAUGCUUCGGUUAAGUCACUGCAAAGGAAAAUAAGCUCAUGGAUGCCACAGAAAGGAUUGUUCAGCCAGUAUUGAGCCUACAGACCAGACUGUAGCAGAAAGAGAAAGUCAAACUUAGAGAUGUUUAUGAUUACUUCAAUGUCUUAAAAAUGUGCAUGAAAGAAUAUUAAGGUAACAUAUAGAGAUGUGAAUAAUACUGUUUGUUUUCAAACGAGAGUGAAGGAUUGUGUGUUAAAAGAAAACGAGCCAUAAACCUGCAGCAUUUACUCUUGGAGAUUUGGGUUUAGUGCACUGAACAGAAGGGACGCUGCUCUCGAAAGCUGCUGUGACGGGCGGGGAAACGUUCUAAUGGAAAUGUACAUAUCUUCAUGCAUGCUUUGCAAGCUCAGUGGAUGUUUUUUCUUUUUUUUUCUUUUUUAAAGAAAAGCCUGUCUGUAUAACAGAAUCAUUAAAAUGUUAAAGGUUA